AUGAUUCCGUCCGCUCCCCUCCUCGAAGCGGUCUCCCAGCCUUUUAAACGCGCUCAGCUGGGCCUGUUCCAGGGAAAAUCCAAACAAUACGGCAACAACGUCCCCUUCUCCAAGCACAAAACCCGGAGAACAUGGCUGCCCAACGUGCAGCAUAAAUAUCUUUUCUCGGAGACACUCGAGCAGGAAGUGAGGCUGAAAAUCACAACACGGGCGUUGAAGACGAUCAAAAGGGCUGGUGGUUUGGAUAAUUAUGUCCUCAAUACAAGGGCCGACCUUUUGGCUUGGGAGGGCAUGCGGGUGCGCCUUCUGGUGCAGCAACGGCUAGCAGAACGACAGCGGGAGCUCGCGUCUCCCAAUGCGGCCAGUUCCUCCAAGCCUGCUGCCGCGAACGCGAAAGCCGAUACAGAGAGCGCCAUUGCACCAGACGCGGUGGAAGCAACGGCCGCGUCAACAGAGGGCCAAUCCGUUUCACAAUCCGUAGCAGACGCGCUUGCUGAGAUCGAGGGAGUGUCCCCGGAUUCCACCCUCGCGCCUACGAACGGCGAAGUAGAAACGGCCGCUGGGGCGGAUACAUCGGCGGCUACUGCCACGAAACCCUCUUCUACGCCCUCUCCGAAGAUCAAGACGGACCCCACGUCCACGGAACGCCUCCGACUUCAGCUCGAGGCAAAGGCUCGUCGGGCCCAGCAAGACUAUGAUGGUUUCAUGCUGGGUCAACGGCCCACGCUUGCUGACGCGCGAAAGCUGAGGGAGACUGCACGAGUGAUCGUAGGACGGUCAGACGCCCGGACGGCUAUUGCAUUCCUUCAGACCCAGCAAAAGGAACGACAACACCUAUCGAAACCCCUUACUUACGCAUAG